AUGAACCUUGAGCAGUACAGCUACUGCUCAAGGUUCAUCACCGAGUCUGCUCAAGAUUACUUACAUAGCGGUUGUGCUCAGGCAAUAGUUCAGAGAGACGUCAAAACAACAAAUAUUUUGUUGAAUGAGCAUUAUGAAGCCAAGGUGGCUGAUUUCGGGCUGUCAAAGUCACUCCCAAUCAGAGAAAGCCAUGUGUCGACCAUUGUCGCUGGAACUCCCGGAUACCUCGACCCGGAAUACUACAGAACGGGAUGGUUAACUACAAACAGCGAUGUGUAUAGCUACGGAGUUGUACUGUUGGAGCUCCUCACAAACCAACCCGUGGUUGACCAAAGCCGUGAGCAGGAUCAUAUUGGAGGGUGGGUAGGACUAAAGCUUACCAAUGGAGGAGACAUAAGCACCAUCAUGGAUCCAAGACCCAGAAAUUAUAAUUCUGGCUCUGCAAGGCAAUAUGUUGAGUUAGCCAUGGCUUGCCUAAAUCCAUCUUCCUCGGAAAGACCGACCAUGUCUCAGGUUGUUGAUGAAUUAAAGCAGUGUUUGGCAUCUGAACUCUCAACAAGAGCAGGACCGAGUCGUGACACUGACAUGGACAGUUAGUUCCACAGAUACUGAAAUAAAACCCGGCCGCAGCUCGAUAGAUUAUUUUCUAUUUACAUGAUGUUUCAAUUUUCUCCACAAACUAUCUUCAAUUUCUUGUCAAACGCUACCAACUUUGUCUUAAAUGCUCAAGUGAAAUAAUAUACUGAAAUUCUCUCUUUGAUUU